CGGUGAAUGAUUACCGGUCCAAAGUUCAAAUCCUCCGGGAGAACAGAACCGAAACUUUUCCACAAUGUUCGUGGCUGCGGCUCCCUGCAGGACUCUCUUCUCGCUCCUCGGUUUGCGCCAUGCCGCCGCGGCGGCCGCGGCUCCGGGGAGGAGGGGCUACUACGGCCGGUCCGGGCCGCAACAGGCGGCCCGCGGCCGGCUGGUGGACCUCCGCAGCGACACGGUGACCAAACCCGGGCCGGAGAUGCGCAGAGCCAUGUGGGAGGCGGCGGUGGGGGACGACGUGAUGGGAGAAGACCCCACAGUGAACGAAUUGCAGAAGGUUGCUGCAGAUAUGUUCGGGAUGGAGGCGGCCCUGUUUGUUCCCACGGGGACCAUGAGCAAUCUCAUCGCAGUGAUGGUGCACUGCAGGGAGCGAGGCGACGAGAUGAUCCUGGGCGACAUGUGUCAUUUACACAUCUAUGAGCAGGGAGGCAGUGCCCAGCUUGCUGGUGUUCAUUCCACCACUGUGGCAACCCUGCCUGAUGGGACAUUCGACUUGGAGCAGCUGGAGUCGAAGAUUCGCCAUGGUUACCCAGACGCCCACUACCCCCGAUCUCGCCUCAUCUGUGUGGAAAACACCCACAAUAUUCAGGGAGGACGCGUGCUGCCUCUGUCCUUCCUGCAGGAGGUCCGUGCUCUGGCAGAUCGAUAUGGUCUGUCUGUUCACAUGGAUGGAGCCAGGGUGAUGAACGCUGCCGUGGCCCUGAACGUGCCUCCGUCCACCAUCCUGCAGCACACACACACCGUCAGCGUGUGCCUCUCUAAGGGUUUGGGGGCCCCUGUGGGGACCAUGCUGGCCGGACCUCGGGACUUCGUAUCCCGGGCGGUCCGGUGCCGUAAAGCGCUGGGUGGAGGAAUGAGACAAACUGGAAUGCUCGCAGCAGCUGGAAUAUUGUCGUUACACGAAAUGAUAGGAAGACUCGAAAAAGAUCACCAAAAUGCCAAAACCUUUGCUCAAGCUGUGACAGAAUGCGACCCUUCUCUGUUUGCUGUGGACCUCGCUGCUGUGGAGACAAACAUCCUGCGUUUCCGUAUGACGGAUCCCAGUCUGACUCCCGCUGAGUUCUGCGCCCGCAUGGCUCAGGUUGACGAGGAAGAGGAGGCCACACUGGGGCAGGGUGUCCGUGUUCUCAUGUACCCCCACUUUGGGAACUCGGUCAGGGCUGUGUGGCAUCUCGACAUAUCUCCCGAAGACACCCAGCUUGCAAUCGAAAAACUUCGAUAUGUAGCCUCUCGACGCAUGAAAGAAAAAAUCAGAGCUCAGUGAAAUAUGGUGUGCUCAAAAAUGUAGCGAACGAUCACACAAUUAAAAAAAAACAUUAUCUAAAACAAAGGAAAGCGUCCAACAAUGGACAAGAAACCCUUUUUGUGUCGCCAAAGUUGUACUUUUACUUCAGAUUAUUUUUUCAAAUUUGCA